AUGGAAUUUGCGAGUGAAGAGAAGCUCAAGUCUCUGCGCAUAUCAUCUCUUGAUGAUGAAGAAGAAGAUGACGAAGCUCAAGUGGAUGAAACUGAUGAUGCAGAUCUAUACAAUGAAGAAGAUGAAGAUGAUGAAGAACAAGUUCCUGUAAUAUUAGGAUUUGUCGAGAAGCCGAAAAAUAAUUGGUCAUUACUCCGCCAGUAUUUCCCAAGCAAAGCUGGUGGCACUCCGGCUUGGUUGGACCCAAUUAAUUUGCCUUCGGAGAAGUCUAGUCUUUGUGAUUUUUGCAGUGAGCCAUUGCAGUUUUUGCUCCAGACUAGGUGUACCCAGAUGCAGACUUCUCUAGAAAUGUCUGAAUCAGGUAGCCAACUAUACAGGGAUACAGUGAGUGCUUUAUUCCUAGAUUGUAACAUGGCACUGUCGGAAGUUCCAUAUUUGUAUUCAUCUUAUAUUAAUAAAAGCAUAGAGGAGAUGAUGACGAGAAUAUCCCGUGCCCCUGAGCAAGUGUUGAGGUACUGUAGGUCUGCUAAAGGAAAAGCAUUGUGGCCAGUGCCCAGUGGCCGGCCAUCAAGAUCUGAUAUUCCUGCAUGCAAAUACUGUGGUGGUACUAGAGGUUUCGAGUUUCAGGUUUUGCCGCAGCUACUUUAUUAUUUUGGGGUGCAAAAUGAUGUAGAUUCUCUUGAUUGGGCAACAAUUGUGGUUUACACGUGUGAGGCUUCAUGUAAUGGAGACAGUGGUUACAAAGAAGAAUUCGCUUGGGUUCAACUUGCGUCCUAA